CUACUUGUUGUUAGCUUGUGCCUUGUGCGUUUUAACGUUUUAAUGAAUUCGUGUGCGAUGGUCCCGAGCUCGUUCAGUCUUCGUUAAUUGCACUUGAGAUUCGUACGGUUUUGGUUUGAGGUUCUUCUUGUGGUGAUUGUUGUUGAAAGUCGAACGCGAACCAUAAAUAAAAAAACAUCGCGCAAUUUUUAUAAAAGGUGCGAAAUUUUUUCGUUCGAGAAUUUUGUUUUUAUUUUUUGUCAUCAUCAUUGUUGUUGUUGUCAUCGUAUAAACUCGCAAUUUUUUUUGUUGAAAAUUCGGUUUUUUUUUCAUUCUUUCUUCUGCGUGGAAAAAGAAAACACUCGUAGUCUUCGGAAAAUUUAGAUUUUAUACGCGAAUUAUUUUUCAUUUGACGAGACUAAAACUAUUUUAAUGUCACAACUUGUGCCUACCAAUUCUUCUCCAGUUUGGAAUACUUGGGAAAACGAUCUUAUGUCCACAACCACCAUGUACACGGAUACGAAUACUAAUUGGAGUUACGAUAAAUCUUACUACCAUAAAAUGGGUAUUCCGGAUUAUUCUCAGUUGGACGUAUUGAAUUGCCAGCCGAGCAGAACGACGCCUACGUUAACGUCGGUUACUCCGGCCACGAUGAGGAGCUUAGAUUUAGAUCAAACGUACCUGGAAGGUUAUCAGCAGGAUGGAGAGUCGCAUCAAAAUCAAGCCGGUUUCGUGCCUCCGUUGGUGUCAUCGGCCAGUGUGCCAACUUCGCUGCCCUCGAAUGUUCACGACAGUGUCGAAGGUAAUGGCAGUCGAAUCCUCAAUUUGGUCGACAUGAAAACCUGGCAGGGCGGCACAGCUACCGUUUCCGAUGUUCCAUCUCUAAUACACAUGAAUCCUAACAGCCUGUCGCCUCCUAUACCUACGCCUGUUUUAUCUAUGGCUUGCGAAAACAGCAAUAGCAGCAGCAGCAGUCCCUUAUCGUCCCAUAGUGGCCGUAGAAAUACCGGUGGACGUCGUCCCAACAACGAGAAGGGGAUUUCUCCGGAAGAAGACGAAAGAAGAAGGCAAAGAAGAGAACGUAAUAAAUUGGCUGCGGCUCGUUGCAGAAAAAGGCGACUUGAUCAUACCAACGAAUUGCAAGAGGAAACCUCAGAGUUGGAAAGCAAAAGGCAACAUUUGCGCGAAGAAGUAGAAAAAUUGAAACGAGAAAAAGAAGAAUUACAAUUCGUACUGGAAUCGCACCUGCAGCAGUCUCACUGCCGUGUCAGAGACUCAGACUCUCCGGUGGACAUCAAGCCUUUCGUUUUGAAUCCUUUGUUGGAAACUCAUAUGAACUCGAUGGUGACCAAAUCAACGGUCGUCACGAGUUGUGAAGAUACCAAGCUGGUGUACAGCUCGAUGGGCAUUCCUGUCAGCACCGAUAUUAAACCUGUGACAACGAUGUCUGCUCCUCGACCGAGACCGAAUUCGUUGCCUGUUUCUAAUACCUUUAUACCUAAAAAUAACAAUAACAAUAAUAAAAAUAAUAUGGGCUUCGCCGAAAUGGCCGGUAUCGCUAUCACUACGCCGUCCAACGGUUUAUUAAAUUUUGAUUCGUUGAUGGAUGGUGGUACUGGACUAACACCUACCAUAACUUCGCUAAUUCCAUCCUGUUCGACUCAGCUGAGAAAUUCAAACGUUGUCGAUUUAUCUAGUCCGGAAUCCCUUCCAAACAAAUUGGUCUCAUUAUGACCGCUUUUCGACCAUAGUGAUACUGUUUUCAAAAAUUAUAACCUUUUGUACGCUGUCAGUUAAUGAGAUAAUAUGUUUUUAGAUGGAAGUUUAAUAUUACAUCGAUUAGGAAUUUUUAUUAUGUAUUUUUUUUUUUUUUUUUUCAUUCAUUAUAUGUACCUACUAUGAGCAUUUUGAAUUUUUUCCUUUUUCUUAUUGUACUAUUUUAGUAGUUUUUUUAGGGUUUAAUUGUUCGUGUGCAUGUCUGUGUAUAUUUUUAUGUAUGUUUUUCCCUUUUAUUUUUUGAAAAAGUAUUUUUUAAAUAAUACGAUUAUUUCAAUUUUGAGAUGUUUAUCCGUUCGAAAUUUGCUUUAUUAAAGAAAAAGAAAAAUUGUAAUAGAACAUUUAAUGUGAUAUCAUUGCCAUUUUUUUUUGUCGUCGUCGUAUUUUUACGCUAAAAAUUGCAUCUCAUUAAUUGAUACGUUCUAGAAAUUUGUUUUCAUAAGUAAUGUAAGGUUGUUCGAUUCGAUUUCAUUUUCUUUAUUUUUAAUUUUUUUUUUCUUCUUUCGCCUCGUAUACGUAUUAUAAAAUAAGGUUAAAUACGACGAGUCGAGUAACCCUAGUACCCCAAUUUCAUUUUAUAUUUUUAGGUUUCGUAUUAGGCGUGUGUUUUUUUUGCGCUAUUUAAGGAAAAAAGUGUCAAUUUAUUUUUAAGUAUAAUGUUCUUAGGUUUUUAGUACGUUACCAACGAGUGAAAUUUUGUGGCAUAUAACCAGUUUUUUUUGUCUCCCCCCCUUUUUUUUUUGUACAAUUUUGUCAGGAACCGUCGACCGUAUAUAAUGGACGAAUAAUUCAAAUGGCAGGAAAUGACGCCCACAUUUUGGAUGCAGAAUCCUGGAAACGUUCUGCACAUGCGCCAAACAUGAUGCUUACGGUGCUGGCGGAGAGAGAGACGGUUCCCUGGUUCAACCCACGUUCAACCAGUAAACCGUCUCUCUCUCCACCAGCACCGUAAGCGUCAUGUUUGGCGCAUGAGCAGAAGAUUUCCAGGAUUCUGCAUCCAAAAUCUAGGCUUCACAUUUUGUCAUUUUUUCACCGUUGAAUUAUUCGUCCAUUAUAUACGGUCGACGUCAGGAACCGAUAAUUUAUAUAAACUGCAUGUAUAUUAUAUAUUAAGUGAAACGAGUUAAACGCUCCGAAAAAUAGUAGAGUUUUUUUUAUUAGUGCCUUCGGUCUGUGAUUAUUUUUCCAUUUUUAUUCUAUUACACGCACGUGACUAAAAAGUUUUUUUUCUCAGAACAAAUAAUUUUUUUACAUUGAUUUGCUCAUAUAGCUGCAAAGACUUUCCUGGUUUUUGAAAGUUGCAUUUUUUUUUGUCGUUUUUUUUCUCUCCUUCUCUUUUACUGGGAAUAAUGCAGGCAUUUUUUUUGAAUAUUUAAGAAUUUAUAUAGUUAAUGUAUUUAUGUUCGAUAAAGUUCGAGCUUUUUUUUAUUUAAAAAUUUUUUCAGCUUGAAUUAUUUAUUGAAUUUAUAACGGUUGUAUAUAAUCUUUUUUUUUCUUUCUUUUUUUUUCUGUUAGGUUAUUUUCUAUGUGUGAGUCAAAAGGCCAAUUUUCAUUGCGAAUGUAUUUUAAUAUGAAAGUGUACCAAUAAGCGUUAACCAAAUGUAACGAAUUACUUGUCUUCAAAACAAUAUUUGAUACUCUUUAUGUAAUAAGUAUUAAUUAUUUUUGUAAUGAAAACUCGCCUUGAGGUUUUUUAUUUUUGAAUAAAAUUUAUGCAAAAAUUA